AUGCUGCAAGGAAAACUGCAAUACCUGCACAGAUUUCCGCUCCAUGCUUCUGUGGACUUCCAAAUGAAAUUCUGCUUUCCUCAUUUAUUGCUUCCUUUUCUUUUUGUCAUUGUAAAUCUUUUGCCUCUCGCAAUUGGUGAUUUGAACUCUGAUAAAGAAGCCCUUCUCGCAUUUGCUGCUGCUGUUCCACAUGGUCGAAAACUCAACUGGAAUCCUGCUACACCUGUCUGCAGCUCUUGGACAGGAGUCAAAUGCUCUCAGGAUCUCAGAAAUGUGAUUUAUCUGCGGCUUCCCGGUGUUGGACUUUCAGGUCCAAUUCCGAACGACACUCUUGCAAAGUUGGAUUCAUUGAGGAUUCUUAGCCUACGAUCCAAUCGCCUCAGUGGCAAUCUUCCUCCUGAUAUCCUUUCACUUCCUUCUCUUCAUUCCCUCUUCCUUCAGCACAAUAAUUUCUCUGGUGAUAUUCCAACUUCCUUUUCCCGUCAAAUCAAUGUUUUGGAUCUCUCAUUUAAUUCAAUUACCGGAAAAAUUCCUCAAACGGUUCAGAAUUUGACUCAACUUAUUGCACUGAACCUUCAAAACAAUUCUCUUUCAGGAUCAAUUCCCAACCUUGACCUUCCGCGGCUCAAACGUUUGAACUUAAGCUACAACCAUCUUGAUGGCUCUAUCCCAUCUUCUCUAAAGAAGUUCCCUAACUCUUCAUUUAUUGGUAACACUUUAUGUGGUCCGCCCCUAAAUGUUUGUUUCCCAGUUAGUCCGCCAUCUCCUUCCCCUAGUCCUUUUCCACCUCCCUCAGAAGUCCCUCAAAAUCAAAGUUCCAAGAAAAAACUUGCCUUGGGAGCUAUCAUCACCAUUGCAGUGGGAGGGACUGUAGUGCUUUUUCUUAUAGCCCUCAUUUUAUUAUUCUGCUUCUUUAAGCGAAAGGAAAGUGAUGACGGUGCCAUGCCCAAAGUUAAGUCUUCUGGUGGUGGGAGGAGUGAGAAGCCAAGGGAGGAGUUUGGUAGUGGGGUGCAAGAACCGGAAAAGAACAAAUUGGUUUUCUUUGAAGGCUGUUCUUACAACUUUGAUCUUGAGGAUUUAUUAAGGGCCUCAGCCGAAGUGCUGGGAAAGGGUAGCUUUGGGACCGCAUACAAGGCAGUCUUAGAAGAGUCAACAACAGUUGUUGUGAAAAGAUUGAAAGAGGUGAUAGUGGGGAAGAAGGACUUUGAACAACAGAUGGAAACUAUCGGGAGACUGGGUCAGCAUCCAAAUGUGGUGCCACUACGGGCUUAUUAUUACUCCAAAGACGAGAAGCUCCUUGUUAACGACUAUUUUUCAAGUGGCAGCUUGGCAACUGUUUUGCAUGAUAAUAUUCCACAAACUAUAAAGAGCCCAGAAGCUGCUUUAGCAUGGUGGAAUUCAGUCAGUUUCUUCUGA